UUCCCGCGAAAUAAACAGCGCGCUAAGCCGGUACGAUAUUUGGUUCACGAGUUUUCUGUUUUUUUAUAUACGGGUUCAUUUCGGGGGUGCAUGCCACUCUCUUUUUCUCACCCCCGCCAGCUACACACACUUCAUCUUCCGCACCAGACCUCACAUUUCCGCGACAAUGGAGGCUUCACCGACAUCAAUGGUGCUUAGAAAGAGAACCCAAGCUUCGAAUCCGUUUUACCCGAACUUAUCGCCCGGAAAAAGGUCCAGAUCGGAUGCAGGUGAAGGAGACGAUUUCGGUGAUGUGUGUUGUGAGGAAUGUGGGUCCGGCGAUCGAGGAUCUGAGCUUUUGCUCUGCGAUAAGUGCGAUCGAGGGUUUCACCUGUUUUGCCUCCGCCCAAUCCUCGCUGCCGUACCCAAGGGCUCGUGGUUCUGCACAUCCUGCUCCAACUAUAGAAAUGUCACGAAAUUUCCCCUCAUUCAGACUAAGAUUGUUGACUUCUUCCGUAUCCAGAGAUCGUUGAAUGCUACAGAAAAGCUUAGUGCAGUCUGCCAAAAGAGGCGAAGGAGAAUUAGUAGCUUGGCAGUGUCUAAGAAGAAGAGAAAAUUACUGGCAUUCAAUCCUACCGAUGAGCCUAGUAGGAGACUUGAGCAAAUGGCAUCGCUAGCAACAGCAUUAACUGCAUCUGCAGCCCAGUUUAGUAAUGAACUCACUUAUAUGCCAGGCAUGGCACCUAGGAAUGUGAAUAGGGCUGCACUUGAGCAAGGUGGUAUGCAGGUAAUGACUAAAGAAGAUGCAGAAACUUUGAAUUUGUGCAAGAAAAUGAUGGAAAGAGGCGAAUGCCCGCCUCUUAUGGUGGCCUUUGACCCCAAAGAAGGGUUUACUGUUGAAGCUGAUAGAUUCAUAAGAGAUCUAACCAUAAUAACUGAGUAUGUUGGAGAUGUUGAUUACUUGAAAAAUCGACAAAACGAUGAUGGUGAUAGCAUGAUGACUCUACUCUCCACUGCGGAUCCGUCAGAAUGCCUUGUCAUCUGUCCAGAUAAGCGAAGCAACAUAGCUCGCUUCAUCAAUGGCAUCAACAACCAUACCCCGGAAGGAAGGAAAAAGCAGAAUGUGAAAUGUGUGAGGUUCAACGUAAAUGGUGAAAGUCGUGUUUUGUUGAUAGCAACCAGAGACAUCCGAAAGGGGGAACGGCUAUAUUAUGAUUACAAUGGAUAUGAGAAUGAAUAUCCAACUGAGCAUUUUGUUUAACUGACCUCAUAACAUAAAAAGAAAAUAUUUUGUGUAGGGCUUUGACCUCAUGCUUAAGUUAAUUGCUGAAGAUGUCACCAUCUGUCAUCAUGUAUACCAACAAGCAUCAAUGUAAAAUUUUGAUCUCUAACUCCUUCCCUUCAUGAAUUGAAUUGAAAAUAUACGAUGUCUUUGUAUGUGCUUGGUCAAAUAUGUAAUCUAAGUUGUAAAUCAGAUUUUCAUAACCACAAAAGUUAAACCAUUACAACAUUAGAUAUUUAAGCUGUGUUUACUUGGAUGGGAAAAUCCUUUUCUUUUAAUAACAUAUGGAAGCUUUAG